AUGCAACAUCUGCAGCGAUUGCAUGUGGCCCUCGAGUGCGCGUCGUUAUUGUGUAGCGCCUGCCGGGCUGCCUCCCUGUGGGACAGCAAGGAGAGGCAUCUUGUCACCGCGUACAAGCGGUUAUCAUUGAGGAGAAAGCACUUGGUAGUUGCUCUCAUGGUACAAAAGAUACAUGCGUACAAAAGAAAGGACGGGGAGGCCCAAAACCUAGAACAGGAAAAACUUUCAACAGGCAAACGAGUUGUGCGGCUAGUAGAAAAUGUCAGCGAAGCGCACCACGAGCCGUGCAUUUUCCUCACGUGCCACGCCAUGAGCAUGGCAGUGGUACUAGGACACACAUCACCGCUGCCUACUGGGGUGUCCCUCCGAAUAAGCUCCUUUGAAGCAGCCAUACAAACUAAACACGUCGAUCGUCAAUCUCAAUUAUCCAGACACAUUUGA